ACGUCAAGCUCCCUUCCGGCGAAUGGGGGAUGGCCGCGCAUUGUGACAUUCCGCAGCGCACCUUUGAACACGCCAUCAAGCACAUUGCGGCGACGGAGAAAAAUCUCGACUACAUCAUCAUCACCGGCGACCUGGAGGCGCACGACAUGUGGGAGUACUCGCAAAACUAUACGAAAUAUCGUGUAAACUACGUCAACACCUUCCUAAAAGAGCAAUUUGGCGAUGUUCCGAUCUACAAUUCCAUCGGAAACCACGAAGGUGUACCCGGGAUGCGUGAGUUGAUGGCCUCCCACAACAUGGUUGAGUACGAUCAGAGGGGCCCGGCCUGGCUAUACUCGACUCUGGCGGAUUCUUGGAGAACCUGGCUGCCGGAAGAUACGAUGGUCGAUAUUCGAUAUCGAGCCAGCUACGCCGUUCGCCCAUAUCCAGGGCUGAAGCUGAUCUCGAUCAACACCAUCUACUGUUCCCAUUUUAAUUUCUAUGUCUACCUUAACAUCACUGACCCAGACGAUACGCUUCAAUGGCUAUCAAAUCACUUGUUGGAAUCCGAGAAAAAGGGGGAGAAGGUCCACCUCAUCAGCCAUAUUCCGACCGGUUCGGGGUAUUGCCUACGAGGGUGGGCCCAUAAUUUUUAUGACUUGGUUAAUCGGUUUGAAAACACGAUCGCCGGCCAAUUCUACGGUCACACGCAUCAGGAUCAUUUUCAGGUCUAUUUCGACCGUGGAGACCCGACCGGUCGAGUUACUCACGUCAACAUGGUAGCACCAUCUCUUACAACCUACGCGUAUAACAACCCUGGCUACCGUAUCUAUACUAUUGACGGGAAUUACAAGGGCAGCAGCUUUACUGUACUCGAUUGGGAGGCCUACUAUACCAAUUUAACGGAGGCAAAUGCAAGGGGAGAACCUGAAUGGAAGUUGGCGUACAAAAUGAAGGAAGCCUAUAAUAUGCCCGAUUUAUCACCAGCUUCAUUUAAUGCCGUAAUCGACCAAAUGUUUACAAAUGAAACGCUGUUCAGGGAUUAUUAUAUUUACUACCACCGUAACGACCAAUACAAAAUGUCGUGCAUCAAGGAGGCGAGCUGCCGGAAGACCUACGCUUGCGCGUGCAAGACGGCUAGAAGCUAUGAUGAGAAGCAUUUUUGCCCAAAU